UUCCUUCCUUUUCAGUUUCUUUUUGCCGUCGCACUCUCUCCUUUCUUUCCUUUUUCAAAUAAUAAAUUGUAAAACUCUGUGGACUAGUAUUUAUAUAUCAACCACUCUCUCGUGCUUUCUCUCCCUCUCUAGACGGCGCACUUCAUCUCUCCGUGAAUCCCAUUCUCCUCUCAGUAUCUUCGAUCGCUUCUCCGAAUCAUCUUCAUGGAGGAAGCUAAGGUGGUGGAAGCUAAAGAUGGAACUAUCUCGGUGGCUUCUGCUUUUUCUGGUCAUCAAGAAGCUGUGCAGGAUAGAGACCACAAAUUCUUGUCAAAAGCAGUAGGAGAAGCAUAUCAAGGAGUUGAAAAUGGGGAUGGCGGUCCAUUUGGUGCAGUUGUUGUUCGUAAUGACGAGGUAGUUGCGAGUUGUCAUAACAUGGUUUUGAAACACACAGAUCCAACUGCACAUGCAGAGGUUACAGCCAUCAGAGAGGCAUGUAAGAAGCUCAAUCAGAUUGAGCUAUCGGACUGUGAAAUAUAUGCCUCCUGUGAGCCUUGUCCGAUGUGUUUUGGUGCCAUCCAUCUUUCAAGAGUCAAGAGGUUGGUCUAUGGAGCGGAAGCUGAAGCAGCUAUAGCUAUUGGGUUCGAUGAUUUUAUUGCCGAUGCAUUGAGAGGUACCGGGUUUUAUCAAAAGGCUCAGUUGGAGAUCAAAAAAGCUGAUGGAAAUGGUGCCAUCAUUGCUGAACAAGUGUUUGAGAAAACGAAGGAAAAAUUUACUAUGUAUUAACUCCUUCAUCCAGUUUAUUGAUUGACAAUACAGGGGAAAAAACAGGAGAAAAAGAAAUCUAAUUUAUUGUCUCAUUUCUAUA